AGCCACGCCCCCGGGGCCGGCGCGCGCGCGGGGUCUCCCCCUCACGGCCCCCCCGCCCCCCCCCCCGCGCUGUUUUCGCUCCCGUUUCCUUCCGUCGCCGCUUUUUAAAUUAAAUUUUAUUUUUAUUUUUCCUCUUUCCGGAACCGGGAGGAAAUAAAAAAAAAAAAACCCGCGAGUCCCGGGAUGAGCGGCCGGAACCGGCCGGGCCUGCGGCGUCCAUGACAGGUGCUCCCGGCCCCGCAGGGUCCCGGGGGUGCCCCGGGGGUCCCCGGGGGGGGCGGGGCCACCAUGAGUGAGGCGCUGGUGGUCAAGGAGGGCUGGCUGCACAAGAGGGGUGAGUACAUCAAGACGUGGCGGCCCCGUUAUUUCCUGCUCAAGAGCGACGGUUCCUUCAUCGGCUACAAGGAGCGGCCCGAGAGCCCCGAGCACGGCCUCCCCCCCCUCAACAACUUCUCCGUGGCCGAGUGCCAGCUGAUGAGGACGGAGCGGCCGCGCCCCAACACCUUCGUCAUCCGCUGCCUGCAGUGGACAACGGUCAUCGAGAGGACUUUCCACGUGGACACGGCCGAGGAGCGGGAGCAGUGGCUCAGGGCCAUCCAGGCCGUGGCCUCGGGGCUCAAGAGCCGCGCGCCGGCCCCGGAGCCGCCCGAGCUCGGGGGAGCCCCCGGGGAUGGAGAGGACGGAGAGGCCGCCGGGAAGGCCCGCAGCAAGGCCAGCAUGGCAGACUUUGAUUACCUGAAGCUGCUGGGCAAGGGCACCUUUGGGAAGGUGAUCCUGGUGCGUGAAAAGGCCUCGGGGCGCUACUACGCCAUGAAGAUCCUGCGCAAGGAGGUCAUCAUCGCCAAGGACGAGGUGGCUCACACGGUGACCGAGAGCCGCGUCCUGCAGAGCAGCCGCCACCCCUUCCUGACCGCUCUCAAAUACGCCUUCCAGACCAGCGACCGCCUCUGCUUUGUCAUGGAAUACGCCAACGGCGGCGAGCUGUUUUUCCACCUGUCCCGGGAGCGGGUGUUCCCCGAGCCCCGCGCUCGCUUCUACGGCGCCGAGAUCGUCUCGGCCCUGGAGUACCUGCACUCGCGGGACGUCGUCUAUCGCGACAUCAAGCUGGAGAAUCUGAUGCUGGACAAGGACGGGCACAUCAAGAUCACGGAUUUCGGGCUCUGCAAGGAGGGGGUGACGGACGGCACCACCAUGAGAACCUUCUGUGGCACCCCCGAGUACCUGGCGCCCGAGGUCCUGGAAGACAACGACUACGGCCGCGCUGUGGACUGGUGGGGGCUGGGGGUGGUGAUGUACGAGAUGCUCUGCGGGCGCCUCCCCUUCUACAACCAGGACCACGAGCGCCUCUUCGAGCUGAUCCUGCUGGAGGAGCUGCGCUUCCCCAGGAGCCUGGGCCCCGAGAGCCGCUCCCUGCUGGCCGGGCUGCUCAAAAAGGAUCCCAAACAGAGGAGCCUGGGCCCCGAGAGCCGCUCCCUGCUGGCCGGGCUGCUCAAAAAGGACCCCAAACAGAGACACCUGGGAUACACCUGGGGUACCCACACACACCUGGGACACACCUGGGGUACCCACACACACGGGUACCUGCGCUUCCCCAGGAGCCUGGGCCCCGAGAGCCGCUCCCUGCUGGCCGGGCUGCUCAAAAAGGAUCCCAAACAGAGGCUGGGCGGGGGCCCGGGCGACGCCCGCGAGGUGAUGGAGCAUCGCUUCUUCGCGGGCAUCGAUUGGCUGGACGUGGUGCAGAGGAAGCUGGUGCCGCCCUUCCGGCCGCAGGUGACGUCAGAGGUGGACACCAGGUACUUCGACGAGGAGUUCACGGCGCAGAGCAUCACGGUCACGCCCCCCCGAGAGAUGUGAGCUCCUGGACUCUCCGGAGAGCGAUCACCGGACGCAUUUCCCGCAGUUCUCCUACUCGGCCAGCAUCCGCGAGUGACACCUGGGACACACCUCGGACACCUGGGACACACCUGG